AUGGCCACAGCCGCGACUGACCAGGCCCGAAAGCAGAGUCAGUCCAAUACCCUACCUUUGCGGCAUAGGACAGCAUCAGCAGCACAGCAGCCAGAUGAGAGCGACGACUCCUCUGACGCAGAAUCUUCACUUGCGACUCCAGCUGCUCGCAGCCCGCACGUGAAAAUUCCUGGGCAUCGGAUUGAAGCUCCGGGUAGCGUUCAAGCCAUUGCCAUUGACGACGAUGUGCUCUUUGCGGGUGUUCAAGGCGGCAGCAUCGUCGCAUGGUCCCUCGAAACAUAUCAACUUCUGGCCGCAGUGCCGGCUCACACAGAAAGCGUGCUAGGUCUUGCUUUGUCAGCCGACAGAUCACUUCUCUUCUCUACAGGUGCUGAUUCCGUCGUCAAUGUAUGGUCGACACAAACACUCCAGAGACUAUACUCCUUGUACUCUCAGUUCGAGAUCGGUGAUGUCUUCUGUAUCGUCCACUCGACCAAGAAGCAGGUGCUUCUAUGGGGUGCUCAAAACUCCAGUCUUCAAUGGGAUCGACUCAGUACUGAUGCCUCCAUAAAGUCGCCAACCGCUUCAUUCUCCCCGGGUUCUCGAAAGCAUCGAUUCUUCGAUUCUCUAGGACCGGGAGGAAGCGUCAACGUGAUCUCGGACGAGGAUGGUACGACAGGACUACUGAACAACUUGGGAGGCCGGGCCUUAACUGUCCCAAGUAGCAACUAUCUUCCCUACGCCCACAAAAGCUAUGUCUACUGCAUGCUUCUCAUCAAGGGUCUCUUCACACACGACCGCGAAGAGGAAGUUUUGGUAACCGGGGCUGGGGAUGGCACCAUUAAGUUAUGGUCCCUGGACUCAUUAGGCAUGGAAGGUCUCAUCCUGAUGCACAAAUUCAAAAACUCAGGUCCCAACGUGCUGAGUCUGGCCUAUAGGGGCUCUUUCCUAUUUGCUGGUUUAACCGAUGGUGUGGCGAAUGUAUACAAUCUUGCGUCCAAUCAACUGGUUCAAAGACUCCAAAUUGGAGACGGAGACAUCAGUCAAAUCUUGGUGAGCACGGACAGUAUCCUCUGUGGGACCAGCCAAGGUCUGGUGAAGAGAUACAAUGACCACUUCGCACAGACAGAAUCAUGGAAGGCAGCAGAUGGAAAGAUCUUGGCAAUGGGUCUCACUGCUGAAACCACUGAAAGCGAUCAUGGUAUCCUGAUCACAGGAGGAAAUGACAGCAUGCUCUCUGUCUGGGAUGCUGAUGGUGAGCAGCAUGCUGCAGGGGCCUCAUCAACACGCAGCAAUGAUGAGCUGGUGAACACACUCCGAGAAUUCGUUGCCUACCGAACCGUUGCAGCUAAUCCAACCUGGGUCCGUGACUGUCAUGAUGCUGUAACGUUUCUGCGCAAACAGUGCAAUUCUUUUGGAGCAACUUCUACUCUUCUAUCGCCGCCCGGGCAGGAGGGUGUUAAUCCAGUUCUGCUGGCCAAAUUCCGAGCUUCCAAGCCUUCCAAAACCACACGAUCUGUGCUAUUCUACGGCCACUACGAUGUUGUUGAUGCAGAGUUCGAUACUGCGAGUCCUACAACUUGGAACCACGACCCGUUCACUCUUCAGGCCUUGAGUGGCUUUCUGUACGGCCGGGGAGUCACUGACAACAAAGGACCUAUUCUUGCCGCGAUAUAUGCGGUUGCUGACCUGGUGCAGCAAAACUCUCUCGCGUGCAAUGUCACAUUCCUUCUAGAAGGAGAAGAGGAAGCCGGUUCGAGGGGUUUUCGCCAAAUAGUGCAAUCUGCACACGAUGCCAUUGGACCUGUUGAUUUUAUCCUUCUGUCCAACAGUUAUUGGCUCGAUGAUCAUAUACCUUGCCUCACAUUUGGAAUGCGCGGCGUUGUUCAUGCGUCGAUCACGAUCAACUCGAACAAACCCGACCUGCACAGCGGUGUGGACGGCAAAUCCGUGCAACACGAGCCACUCAAGGAUCUUACUGUGUUACUGGCAACCCUGAUUGGACCUUCGGGAACAAAGGUGACGAUUCCAAACUUCUACGAUACAGUGGACGUAUUGUCUGAAAGCGAGGUGAAGGCGUAUGCGGCGAUCACCUCCUCCCUCCUUCCCGGCCACCCAGAGAUCAAGAACGAAAAGGCGUUUGCAUUGUCUCUCAUGCAACGAUGGAGAUAUCCGAAUCUGACGGUCCACCGGAUCGAAGUUCCGGAGGCCAAAACGGCAGUCACGAUCAGUGGAUCUGCCAAAGCCACUAUAUCGAUCCGCAUCGUACCGUCACAAACAGCAGAACAAAUCGCCAACGGACUGAAAAGCUAUCUCGAAGGAGAAUUCGCAAAACUCCAGUGCGGGAAUACAAUCGAGGUUGAAAUCCGAUCAAAGGCAGACCCAUGGCUGGGGAAUGUGCAGAGCGAGAUCUACACGGCACUCAAAUCAGCCAUUGUCGAUGUCUGGAACCCGAGCGGUGCACAACGCUCCUUCCCGGCCUCUGCAAUGUCCCGAGAUUCCAUCAGCAGUUCCACGGCCCAGCACGCAUCGCUUCAACGACCAUCUCAACGACGUGCUUCCACAUUGGAGUCGACCGGAAGCUUCACGCUUGCGAACCUACCGCGAGAGCCAUUGCUGAUCCGGGAGGGCGGCUCCAUCCCCGCGAUAAGCUUUCUAGAGCAUGAGUUCAACGCUCCAGCCGCCAUGUUCCCCAUGGGUCAGGCAAGCGACAAUGCCCAUCUGGACAAUGAGCGGAUCCGCGUCGAAAAUCUGUACAAGGGGCGCGAGGUCCUGAAACAAGUCUUUGCUGAGCUGUAA